AUGGACGCAGCAUUCAAUGAUCUUACUGGUGGUUACAUGCUAAUUGAAACAUCGAAAGAAGAUAUGGCCAAAAUUGAAAAAUUACUAAACGUGAAGCCAGGUUUUCUUGGAACAAGUGUUAUGAUCAAAACAAGAGAAAGAUGUUGUCAGAAAUGUGGACGAGAAAAUAACUUUUUAGAUGUAGUUUCCACUGGUCUGCGUAUACAUAAGGCAGACUUUCUGGCAGAUGUUUUAUCAGGCAAAUAUGGGCCAAUAUUGAAUACACAUCAAACACAACUUUGUUUCUGCUUUGAUUGUGGUGAAGAAUUGCCUGAACAGGCAGCAAAAUAUUCUUCACCAAAAGUUAAUGAAUCUGGCAAACAUUCGUCGGAGUACAGAUGGGUGUGGCGAUUCUAG